UCUCUCUCUCUCUCGUCUGAAAACUGGUUCUUUGUUUUUGAGAACAACAUCAGUUUCAACCUUCCCAACCGAUCUGCUUUUUUGGCUUCCCCAGCAAGACCCAUCAUCAUCAUCAUCCCCAGUUCGAUUUCCAGCUCAAUCAAAUCCCAAAAACAGAAUAUAAUUUCAUGUAUUUUUUGACUUUUGUUGUGUUCGAAACUCGAAACUAGAAACUAAUCAAAAACCAGAGUCCAAUGAAAUCAGAUUCCUUUUACUUACACUUGUUUAUUUAUAAAUAUGUGUAGUUUAUCUUGGCAAAGGAUGGAGAAUUAUCAAGGCGAUUUAGCAGAUAUAGUUCGUGCAGGUGGUAGCAGCUCUGGAACUGGAAGUAGUACUACAAACAACCCAAUUUUAGAUUGGCAAUUCCCUUCAGAAUCCACCAAUUUUCAGUCUUUGACGAUGGCCGCCGCGGCCGAUGAUGAUUUCGGGGAUCCUUAUUCUAAUUCGCGAGAUUCAUUGCUUCAAGAACUUGGAAUAGCAGCAGGCUUUGAUACAUCAAAUUCUAAUACAGGCCUUGUUCAGAUGAAUAUGCAAGAUACUAGUGCUAGUAGUGUUACUGGUAAUCUUCUUUCUCAGAAGAUUUUGGAUGAAGAGAUGAGGCCUUGCAGUAUCUUCUCAAGGAUGCUUCAGAUCUCACCUAACACAGCAAUACCGGUUUCGCCACAUGACUUGUCGGCGAUGGCAGCUUCACCUAGGGGAAUUAAGACUUCUUCUUCUUCUUCCUUAGCUGCUAGUGAUAUACUAAGGGUUAACAGCUCCACAGGUUGCUCAAUUGAGAAUGGAGUGGUACAGAUCCCAUCACCAAGGAAUCCUGGUAUCAAGAGAAGAAAGAGUCAGGCAAAGAAGGUGGUUUGCAUCCCAGCACCAGCAGCUGCAAACAGCAGGCCUAGUGGAGAAGUAGUGCCAUCAGAUCUCUGGGCAUGGAGAAAGUAUGGCCAGAAACCCAUCAAAGGUUCUCCAUAUCCAAGGGGCUAUUAUAGAUGCAGCAGCUCUAAAGGUUGUUCUGCAAGGAAACAAGUGGAGAGGAGUCGAACUGAUCCCAACAUGUUGGUCAUUACCUACACUUCUGAACAUAAUCACCCAUGGCCAACUCAGAGAAAUGCUCUUGCUGGCUCAUCCAGGUCUCAGCCUGCAAAGAAUAACACUGCUUCAAAAAGCUCACCAUCUUCACAAGCCUCAAAAUCCACAAAUUUGAAGGAAGAACAUAAGGAAAACAAUAGUGAUCAUAGUGUGGCACCAACUGUUCCAGGGGGAUCAACAGUCUCUACAGCUAUUAAGGAGGAAGAGAUGACUGAAUUAGACAAGGCAGAAGACAUGGAUAACAAUGAAUUCAGUCAAGGUUUCCAUCAGAGUUAUCGGCCGGCACCUCCAGACUCUGAUCAGUCUGAUAGCUUCUUUGCUGAUUUGGCAGAAUUGGAACCAGACCCUCUAAAUCUCUUACUUUCUCAAGGAUUCAAUGGUGAGAAAAUGGAUGAAGAAAGAGACAAUAAGGCCUUAGAUCCCUUCAGCCUCUUUGAUUGGACAGGGAACAACUAGCUUUUCCCAUUACAUAAUGUAGGAGAGGGGUUUAUGGAAAACUGAAGCAAAGCCACUAAGACAACUUUAGUUACAGUCUUGUGGUGCAAUUCAUUCACUGGCAGUAAUAAACCUUAAAUUCCAGUAUCAUAUGAUAUGAUGAGAGGAAUUCUACUAUUAUAUUUAUUGUUAUUUACCAGAAUUACAGUGCAGAUUAGGAAAAGAGUAUAGACUGUUGGUUGAUUUUGAACAGACCCAUGAUACCCACAUUCUUUGGAAUACUGGUGGAUGGGACAGAAAGUAGAGGAACAGAAGCUCUCAACAGUCGAAACAAGUACGUGUCUCAGACAUGACUGAAAAGCCUUGCAAGAGAGUUGAUAUAAGAUGGGACCUCUUUUUUUCUUCUUCUUUCCAUUCUCUUAUCUUUCAAAGUGGGAAAAAUCAUUCAAGCGCCUCGUUUGUUUUUUGGGAAUUCCUGAAAGGAAAACACAAAAAGCUUCAAGUCGUGAGAAAAAAUAAAAUGAAUGAAAGAUGACAAGAGAGAAAAGCAAAAAGAAGUGGGGUGAGAAAGAAAAAAGCUUUCUUCAAAAAAAAAAAAAGAAAGAAAAAAGCUUGACUUAUCUUAUCAAUGUCUUUUGAUGUGAAAAGAAGAGAUAUAUAGCGAAUACAAGGUUUUGUGUUCCCCAGCUUUCUGUUCUUGAAUCCCUUUUCUCCCCAAAUUGUUUUUGGAGGUUUAUUUAAAGUGUAUCAACUAUUGCAAGUUGUUUGUGAGG